UCUGAGUUCUAUCUACCGUCUUCCCUCUUUCUAUCUCUGUGUUUGAUACCGAGCGAGAGUGCCUUCUGCCUUCCUCCAUCGAACCCGAGGAGAGGGGGGAAAAAAAGAAAAGGGAGGCUUUAGGUUGCUUUCCUCCGGUGGAGAUCGGACAUACUCUGGGGUUUGCGGUCGCGAAUUCCGUCUCUCCGAGUCGUUUUCAAGAGGAAUCGGGUAGGAUUAGGGGGUUUUCUCUUUUCUUUUUGUUCGUCGGCAUACCUUUUUCUUUUUGUUGGGAUGGAUUCGAGUCGGAGAGCGGUGGAGGCGUACUGGAGAUCUCGGAUGAUCGACGCUGUGACGAGCGACGAGGACAAGGUCGCCCCUGUCUACAAGCUUGAGGAGAUCUGCGAGCUCCUGCGGACGUCUCACGUGAGCAUCGUCAAGGAGGUCUCCGAUUAUAUCCUGAAGCGUCUGGAUCACAAGAGCCCGAUCGUUAAGCAGAAGGCACUCAGGCUGAUCAAAUAUGCUGUGGGGAAAUCUGGCGUUGAGUUUAGGAGAGAGAUGCAACGGCAUUCUGCGGCAGUUCGCCAGCUAUUUCACUACAGGGGACAGGUGGAUGCUCUUAAAGGAGAUGCACUGAACAAGGCUGUCCGUGACACUGCGCAUGAGGCAGUGUCUGAGAUAUUUGCUUCAGAAGAGAAGCCUGCCCCUGCAGAACAUAGUAACAGAAGAAUUCAGGGAUUCGGCAACACAAACUUUGAGCCGCAAACUGAAGAGAAGAAGUCAUUUCUAAGUGAGGUGGUUGGCAUGGGAGGUGCUUCUAUAAUACAAGGGUUGACUACUCUUGCUUCCGGAAAUUCAUUGAUGAAAAGCGAUAGUGGGAGUUAUAGGAGCCCAAAUCUACGAAGAUCAUUGACAGUAGAGAAGGAUAGAUUUGAUAAAUAUGAGACGGAGGAACACCAUAAAGAAACAUGGGGUUCUUCAAGUGGUCGAAAUAAUUCCACAAGGUCCUGGAGCGUGGAGUCCAGGGAGGCUUUGACUGAUGCAAGCAGUAGUGAUACAAGCCCAGGUCAAAAAAUGGCUAAGGGUCCUGAGGAGAGGCUUUUAGACACCAUCGUAACAGCUGGUGGUGUGCGUCUACAGCCUACUCGCGAUGCUAUUCAGGUCUUCCUCAAAGAAGCUGCAAAACUUGAUCCUGUAUCCAUGUCCCUCGCGCUUGAGUCUAGGUUGCAAUCACAUGUGUGGCAGAUCCGUGUGAAAGCUGCAUGUCUUCUGGAAGCGAUCUUGAGAAAAAAAGAUGACGAACUUUUUUCUGCAAUUGCGUCCUUCUUCAGUGAAAAUAAGGAUGCUGUAAUCAAAUGCUCAGAAUCACCACAGGCAUCCGUGAGGGAAAAAGCAAACAAAGUUUUGGCACUGCUUGACGGAAAUAUAUCAGCAGGAGGAGAAGCUACCAAACCAAUAUCUAGUGAUAAAGUCAGUGCAGCUGCUGCCGUGCAACUACCUAACUUGAUAGAUACUGGUGACCUAGCCUCUGAUGGAACUGAGGGUACUCCUCAAAGUCAAAAUGAUGAAGGCCUAACAAUGCCUGUGCCAUCUUCGCAUGCUGUCGAUGAUCUGUUGGGAGAUGGUUUUGUUAUGGGGUUUAGCAGGAACAGUACUAAAUCUGAUGAAGCUGACCCAUUUGCGGAUGUGUCGUUCCACACAAAAGAAACAGAUAGCGGGGGAAACGCAGGUGACCUAUUUUCUGGAUUGGUUGUGGAUGAUAAGGAUAGCUCCAGUGAGGCAAAUGAAUCAUUGAAGAAAAACCAGCUUGGAUCAUUUGAUGCGUUUGCUGACAGUUUUGAAGAACCUCGUGUGGAUUCCCUAGCAAAUAAAAAUGGUUUAGAUGUAUUGAUGGCCGGUCUGUCUAUGAAUGAUGGUGUUAAAGAGAACCAAGUGGGUGAUAUCCUUGGAGGUGGUUUUGCUGAAUCAAUGUCUCCAGUGUCUAAUAACCAGCAAGCUCGUGCUGAUCCAAAUGACAUUUUGAAGGGUCUGCUUAAUUCUCAGGCAUCUGGUGCCCACCAGAAUGGUCUGCCUCCAUCAAGUUCGGUGCAAUACAAUUUUCCUUCUAACCUCAUGUUUAAUCAAGCAUUUGCUUCUCAACAAGUGAAUUACAGUGCAAUGGGUAACCUAAUUGCACAGCAGCAGCUGUUAGCUGCCAUGUCCAACUUCCAGAAUCUUGGGCAUGUAGGUUAUAAUGCGCAUGUUGGGAAAGAUGGUGGAUAUUCCUCAGCCUUACCUGAUGUGUUCCAAAUGCAUGGUUAUGCUACUCAGAAUCAUAGUGUGGUGAUGGAAAGCUCAAAGAAAGAGGAGACGAGAGCAUUUGACUUCAUCUCGGAUCAUAUCUCUGCAGCACGUGAUCCAAAGCGAGUGAUAUAAAGCAUCUUGCACGCCCACUUCAGUAGUGUUUUUAUUGGUUUUAUUGGCAUCUGAGAGGUAGCAUGGAGCAAGGUACAGCGGAACAGUGUAUGCAUUCUUUUUCAAAUAAUUGACUGUGGCCUCUGAACUGGUAUAGAAAAUUUGAAAUGCAGCCGCUCUGGGUUUUGUGAUGUGUGCAUUUGGGUUGUUUGUUUGGAGGCAUUGGUAAAGGGAGUUCAUAGAGAAAGGGGAAAAAAAUUGUAGUUGUGGUUUUGUAACAUAAGAAUGGAGGCAGCAAGUCAUGUAUAUUGAGUUAUAUCGUCAAUUUGUCUCUUGUCACGAGGUCUGAAUAUGGUUGAUUUGUAGCUCCGCAUUGGGAGAGAUUAGCCAAAAUACCUGGGGUUCAAACAGGUUACCCAUGGGUGCAGCUCAGGUCUGAUCGAUACUUGUUCAACUUGAAGAAUGAAUUGCUCUGUUUCUGAAUUUGGAUUUGACUGGGUUCUGUCGUGCUCUAGACCUACCUGGUUGAGUAUGAACCUGUGCUUUGUUGUUUGUUGUUUCUGCUGACGACAGUCAAGCAAAGGACAUGAAUCAGUGACUGAACUGAUCCUGACUUGUGACUGAUU